AUGAAUGGCUCCGGUAGCCCGUACGGCCAGCCGCCCGCGGCGUGGCAGGAGCAUCGCACGCCUGACGGCAGAGCCUACUAUUACAACCCCGCAACGAAGGUCACGCAAUGGACCAAACCCGAGGACAUGAUGACGCCUGCUGAGAGAGCGCUUGCCAAUCAGCCGUGGAAGGAGUAUACUGCCGAAGGCGGUCGCAAGUACUGGUACAACACCGAGACGAAGACGAGCUCAUGGGAGAUGCCUGAGGCGUAUAAGGCGGCUUUGGGAGCUACUAAUGGUCCGGCAACAUCUGCUCCCACGAAUGAUCGAGGCUACGACCGAGGAGGACCUUCUGGUGGGUACUCCAACUCCGGAUAUGACUCUUACCGUGGCGACCAUCGCGAUCGCGACCGUGAUCGUGAAACAUUCCCCGAGUCGCGCCAGUUGACGUAUGGCAACGACACAAACGCAAAGGCGUUCGUUCCCGCCAGCAACGAGCCCGAAUUUGCUACACAGGAGGAAGCCGAAGCUGCUUUCACUAAGCUGCUGAAGCGUAGUGGUGUUCAACCCGACUGGACAUGGGAGCAGACGCUGCGAGCCAUUGCGAAGGACCCUCAGUAUCGGGCGAUAAAGGACCCGAAGGAUCGCAAGGCAGCAUUCGAAAAGUACUGCGAUGACAUGAUCGUCCAAGACAAGGAGCGCGCAAAGGAGAGACUGACGAAGCUUCGUACUGACUUCGAGACCAUGCUUAAACGCCAUCCCGAGAUCAAGCACUACACCCGGUGGAAGACGGCACGGCCUAUGAUCGAAGGCGAGACCAUUUUCCGGUCUACCAAUAACGAAUCCGAGCGCCGUCAGCUCUUCGAGGAGUACAUCAUCGAACUUAGGAAGGCGCACACGGAGAACCAGGCCGCCAUGCGCAAGACCGCUAUGGACGGCUUGAUUGAUUUGCUGCCAAAGCUCAACCUGGAGCCUUACACACGCUGGUCGGACGCCCAAGGGCUUAUUUCAUCCACGGCACCUUUCCAAAAUGAUGAGAAGUACAUGACCCUGAGCAAGUUUGACAUCCUGAUUGCAUUCCAAAACCACAUGAAGGCUUUGGAACGUGCUUUCAACGACUCUAAGCAGGAGCAGAAGAACAAGAAGUUCCGUAAAGAGCGCAAGGCUCGUGACGCAUUCCUUUCGCUCCUUAAUGAGCUCAGGAGAGACGGCAAGAUUAAUGCCGGUACAAAGUGGCGCCUGAUUCACCCCCUCAUUGAGAACGACGAUCGCUACAAGAACAUGGCCGGCCAGGGCGGCUCUACGCCCCAGGAACUAUUUUGGGACCUCGUCGAAGAGGAGGAAAAAGCCAUCCGCGGUGCCAAGAAUGACGUUGGGGAUGUCCUUGAAGAUGAGCAGUUUGAUGUCACCCCCAAAACUACUUUUGAGGAGUUCCACGCCGUUAUCAAGAAGAAUCGACGAACUGCUAACAUUGAUCGUGAAACGCUUAUGGUUAUCUUCGAACGGAUCAAGGAGAGACGGUCCUCCAAGCGGUCCGAGGAGGAGCGCCAGUCCGAGCGACAGCAGCGGAGAGCGGCCGAUGAUCUCCGGGCAUACUUCAAACGUAUGGAUCCCCCCAUCACAUUGGAUGACACGUACGAGAAGGUCAAAUCUCGCCUUGCGGAUAUCCCUGCCUUCCUGGCAGUCACCUCGGAAGAGGCGCGCAUCUCAGCCUUUGAUAGGCACAUGAAACGACUCCGUGAGAAGGAGGAAGAGGCUGAUCGCGACCGCCGCCGGCGCCGUGGGCGCGACUCCAGCGAACGCGAUCUGUACCGUGAGAGACCCCGAUCUAGAGGUGAGCGAUCUCAUCGUAGCAGUGGUCGUGCUACUAGGCGAAGUCGUAGCCCAGAGCCAGACGCGUACGAGGCGGAUAGGCGUAAAGCCAUUGCAGAGCGCGAGCGCAACCACCGCAAGUCGACCAUGGCCGAGAGCCUUCUUUCGGAUCGCGAUCGCCGCUUGUCGCCACCUCCUCGUCGCGAGAGGGAGCGUGAGCGUGAGCGGGACAGAGAUCGCGAGCGCGACCGAGACCGCGACUAUGACCGUCAUCGUUCCCGCCGCGAUGAUGAUGGCCACUACGACCGCGAAAGGAGGGACAGGGAAGAGGAGCGCGAGAGGCUUUACCGACGACGAAUGGGAUCGUACGAUGAGCUCCCUUAUGGGGACGAGCGCCCAUCUGGAUCUCGGCGUCGCCGCGAGGAAGAUGAGGAUGACCGUCGCGAUUCCAGAGAUUCAAAGAGAGUGAGGAGAGAAAGAACACCUCGUGAGCGCACCCCCCAACGUGAUGCACGCACCAAAAACAGGACUCCGCCCCCGGCCGCAGCUCCCGCUGCUGCGAGCAGCAACGAAGACAACGGCAAGAAUAACAAGGACGACGCUGGGGUCCACUCUGGCUCCGAGGAAGGCGAGAUCGAGGAAGACUGA